CAGUUAUCCCCAGUGACCUCUCUGACCCCUUUUAUCCACCCAAGACCCCUUCCCUCUGGAUUAAUCGCUAAAACUAGACCCACUCAUAGCAUUACUUCAAGUGAGUGUAAUCAGUUGCUUUCUAUAGGAUAAGAUUAGCCUAACUCCGUCAUGCAGUCAGGACACCAGAGGAUUUCUAGAAUAUAUUCACGUGUAAUGUGUCAUGAAGAGAAAUCUUCCAGGUUGGAAUGAUAACCAUUCACUCUGUCCAUGAUUCUAACCCCCCCCCAACACAUGUUGCCAUAGCAGCCAUGAUAAGAGUAGAUUUCUCUGAAUCAUCCCAAGUGUUUGUGCGAUUCAGUACUGUUUUGUUGACAAGCUUGUUGAAAUCCAUUUUCACCUCAUGUUUUUGAGUGCUGUCUUCAUUUCAGGAUCACAUUCUGUUGUAUUUUGUCUGUAUUUCUGUUGUAUGUUUAUUCCAUUUUGAAUGUGUGUAUAGAGUAUUGCUGAAAGACAAAACUAGUGUACUGGCGUUAUCGGUGGCAAAAAAUGUUCAUUUACAGUAAGCUGGAGGGAAACGUACAAGAGGCACUUUCAUUUUGAAUCCAAUUAAAUUAAGUAUUCAACUGAACCAAAACAGAAACAUGACAAGGACAUUUCAAAGUUGCAGUUUCCCAGAAAUAUACUCUGUUUAAGAAGUGUUGCUUUUGUACUCCAAAAAUGAUGCACGAAUCCUCAAAACAUCUAUUUGGCGCGGAAAAUUUAGUCUGACAUGCAUGAAAAUGAUUUGUUUAGUUUGAUUGUUUUUAUUCUUUUUAAUGCUUUCAUCACGGAUUGAAUCAUUUUCAUUUAAUUAAUCAACAGCCAUGUGAUUCAGUGUAUGUGUUUCUAUAAGUUUAACUUACAAACGAGAACCACUGUGGCUCAUAGAAAGAGAAGCAUGUGAUAAGAUAUUUUGUUGCUUACUGAAGAAAAAAAAUCUAGAGGGCAAAUUCCAAGCAGCUUUGAAGCAUUUUUGCUGGCCUGUUUGUCCUGAAAUUGUGAAUAGCAAUGUAGAGGGCUGCUAUGAACAAAUGAUGUAGAAAAAUUAAAUCGCAAAAAUAGAAGUACAUUUUUUGGACAGCAGCAAUUUAUACAUUCAGUUCAUUUUUUUUUUUAAUUCUGUACAAUGAAGCAGGGCCACCAUUUCCUCGCCGACAAUACACUGAAAUAGAAGUUAUAAUGGAAAACAGAACCCCAAAUCAAGGAAUUUCUGCACCGCUAUAUUCCAAAAGGGGGUUGGAAGAUGCCAUAAAACAACCACAUUUGGUUCCCUAAACAAAAAUUCAGUGGAUGAAUGUUUAAUAAUAAAUGAGAUGUGCCAAUGUGAAGAACCUUUUUAAAGUUUAUAGAACCUCCACGUAAACAGCCAAGCAGCACUUUUACAUCUGUAUUACAUGAUCGUCAACCCAUCCAGGCAUUAAGACUGGCCGACUGUGGCCUGCUUGUGGCCUGGGUGUGGCCAGUGAUGAAGUGCUUAUUUCUCGUUGGCCUUUACUGCUUUAUUUCUCUUCCCUGAACGGGGCAGUUGUCCUUGAACUGCAUGCCUCUGCUGCUCCAGAUAGAUUCUUAGGCCCUACUGUAGUCAAUAAGUCACUGGAGUGUCGGGACGUUGACAGGGCCGCUGGCCGCCAUUCCUGGCUUUAUUAAAUCCAGACUGAUGACUGCGAAACAGAUACGAGCAGUGAUAAACGAUAGAUACUUCCCCCCCUUUCAAUCCGGGUUCCUAUGGAAACAGAAUAGCCGCCCUCGCGCGCUCGACUUCUGCACGUCUGAGCGAUACGUCCAAACAUAAUCAUAUUCUAACACCGCCCAGGCCUUGUCACUGUCUCAUCUACUGGCUCCACAUGUGAGAUUACCAGCGGCUCCAUUAUGGCCCCCCUCGCCACCACCACCCCCUCCACCCCCGGGUGACCCCCCUCUUACAGUAAUUCAAUCAGUGUAAUGGUUAGAAGAGAUGCAACUCGAUACGGGACUAAAGUAAGCAGGUCCAGAUGACUUGAUCCUGUCUCUGAAAUCAAAGCAGCCUGGUUGCACUGUGAGCAUUUACAGCCAUAGGAGCUUAAGUGAAAUACAUAAAAUUACACUGUUAUAUUUUCCUUAUUUUUCCUUACCAUCUUCUUUCACUCUUGUUUCUUUCUUAGGUGGUUGUGGACUUUUUUUUCUUCAAAUAAUUGUAAUUUGAUCCUACAGGUUUCUAACCGAAUUUAUUAAAGUAGGCAAUCUGCAAGCACUUCGAACGUUCAGAGUCCUCCGAGCUUUGAAAACUAUUUCCGUAAUUCCAGGCUUGAAGACUAUUGUGGGCGCCCUGAUUCAGUCGGUAAAGAAGCUGGCAGAUGUCAUGAUCCUGACUGUUUUCUGUCUGAGUGUGUUCGCGCUCAUCGGCCUGCAGCUCUUUAUGGGUAACCUGCGUCAGAAAUGCGUGCGCAGUCCGGCCCACUGCAUCAACAACACCGUCCCCUCUCUUCUCUACAGCAACAGCACUUUCAUCUGCAAUAAUAAAACCUGGUCGUCGGUGGACGAGUUCUUCACAGAUGAAGAUAACUUCUACAAAGUGGAAGGAGCUAAGGAUGCCUUAAUAUGUGGAAAUGCAAGUGAUGCUGGGAAAUGUCCAGAUGGUUUUGAAUGUAUGAAGAUAGGACGCAAUCCAAACUAUGGUUACACUAGCUUUGACACCUUCGGCUGGGCUUUUCUCUCACUCUUCAGGCUCAUGACACAAGACUAUUGGGAAAACCUCUACCAUCAGACUCUGCGGUCUGCAGGGAAGACAUACAUGGUGUUCUUCGUGGUGGUGAUCUUCCUGGGCUCAUUCUAUCUGGUGAAUCUGAUCCUGGCGGUUGUGGCCAUGGCCUACGAGGAGCAGAACCAGGCCACUAUCGCUGAGGCAUGGCAGAAAGAAAAAGAGUUUCAGCUGGCCAUGGAACAGCUGAAAAAAGAGCAGCAAGCAGCUCAGAAAGCUCAGGAAACUGAGUCAGUUUUGGUUCCUGACCUGUCUCCCUCGGCUGCACAAGACGACAAAGAGCACAAGGGCAGGAAGAAAAGCCUGGGGCCUCUUUCAGAAGAGGCACAGAACGAUAGCGAUGAGAAAACACCAAAGCUAGAUACCAUGGAGGGAGUAAAGCAAACACAUGCUCUGCUGGUGCGCACUCUAUCUUCACGCACCAGACGAGGAAGCCAGGUCAGUAUCUUCAACUUCCGGCCGCGGAAUAAGGAUUCAGAAGCUGAUGCUGAUGACGAGUUCAGCAUUUAUGGGGAUUCAGACAGUCGGACGGGCUCUCUCGUCAUUCCCUGGCACAGACGACGGACUAGUGCUCAAAGCACAGGCAGCCAUGGCUCCCAGGUCUUCUUCCCCAGCCUCAAUAUCAAUGGCAAGCUGUUUGUGGCCAUGGAUCAGAAUGGCAUCUCAGGCCCUGGACCUCUGAGCCCUCUCCCAUUACCCACAUGCACCAUGGAAAAGGUCAAAGAAGAAAGUGGACCAAACUCACUGAACGAACUGAGCAGCAUGCUCCUCCCCCAGGUGUCCCAGGAGGGCCGAGACAGGGCGCUAAGUGCUGCUAGCUACCUCACUGACGCCAUGGAGGAGUUGGAGGAAGCCCAGCAGAAAUGUCAUCCCUGCUGGUACGUUUUUGCCCACAAGUACUUGGUGUGGACAUGCUGCCCUAGCUGGCUAAAGCUCAAAGAGUGGGUCAAGUUCAUGGUGAUGGAUCCCUUUCUGGACCUGGCUAUCACCAUAUGCAUCGUUCUCAAUACGCUCUUCAUGGCCCUGGAGCAUUACCCCAUGACAGACGAGUUCAACAAGAUGCUGUCCGUGGGCAACCUGGUCUUCACAGGAAUCUUCACAGCAGAGAUGGUCCUCAAGAUCAUUGCACUGGACCCGUACUAUUACUUCCAACAGGGAUGGAACAUCUUUGACAGCUUUAUUGUUUGUCUCAGCUUGAUGGAGCUUGGCCUUUCUAACGUGGAAGGCCUUUCCGUCCUGCGUUCCUUUAGACUGCUGAGAGUCUUCAAGCUGGCUAAGUCAUGGCCCACCCUGAACACACUGAUCAAAAUAAUUGGGAACUCUGUGGGUGCCUUAGGAAACCUCACUCUGGUUCUGGCCAUCAUCGUCUUCAUAUUCGCUGUGGUGGGCAUGCAGCUGUUCGGCAAGAAUUACGAGCAGUGCGUGUGCAAGAUCUCCAAGGAUUGUACGCUGCCCCGGUGGCACAUGAAGGACUUCUUCCACUCCUUCCUCAUUGUGUUCCGGGUGCUGUGUGGAGAAUGGAUCGAGACCAUGUGGGAUUGUAUGGAAGUGGCUGGACAGCCGCUCUGCAUCCUGGUCUUCAUGCUGGUCAUGGUGAUCGGGAAUCUGGUGGUGCUGAACCUCUUCCUGGCUCUGCUGCUCAGCUCUUUCAGCGCUGACAACCUCUCUGCACCGGACGAGGAUGGCGAAAUGAAUAAUCUGCAGAUCGCCAUCGCUCGCAUCCACAGAGGCAUAGGCUGGCUACGCCGUGCCCUCUGCGACUUCUUCAACGGCAACUUCAAGCGGCGGCGGCAGAAGGCCAAGGAGGCCAAGGCCAUGCUGAAGCUGAAGCGACUCAGUCAGCAGGCCCAGCGUGCCGAGGGCAACGGCACGGCCGGAGUCAUCGCCCGCACCGGAGACAAGUGCACCACCACUGACGACAGCUACAUGACCAACCCAAACCUCACCAUCAGUGUGCCCAUAGCACCCGGCGAGUCAGACGUGGAGUUCCCAGAGGAGGAAGAUGAUGAAGAUGAAGCUAGUGAUAGCUCUGAUGAGGAAGAGGAGGAGGAGGAGGAAGCAGAAACCAAACCGAGUGAUGACAUCAGCCUAUCAGAGGGCAGCACAGUUGACCUGAGGAAGCCUGGAGAAGAGGAAGAUGAAUACUCAGAAAUGGCCGAGGAGGACAUGGAUCCCGACAAUUGCUUCCCUGAUGUGUGCGUCCGACAUUUCCAGUGCUGCGAAAUCAACACUAACGAGGGGCUGGGCAGGAUAUGGUGGCGGCUGAGGAAGACCUGCUUUCAGAUAGUGGAGCACAGCUGGUUCGAAACCUUCAUCAUCUUUAUGAUCCUGAUCAGCAGUGGUGCUCUGGCAUUUGAAGACAUUUACAUUGAACAAAGAAAAGUGAUCAAAAUUGUGCUCGAGUACGCGGACAAGAUUUUCACCUACAUCUUCAUCUUGGAAAUGACACUGAAGUGGAUCGCUUACGGCUUUAAGAAGUACUUCACCAAUUACUGGUGCUGGCUAGACUUUCUAAUCGUUGAUGUGUCUUUAGUAAGCCUCGUAGCCAACACACUAGGCUACUCUGACUUCGCUGCCAUCAAAACACUUAGGACCCUCAGGGCUCUCAGGCCUCUAAGAGCUCUAUCCAGAUUUGAAGGCAUGAGGGUGGUGGUGAAUGCUCUGAUCGGGGCCAUCCCCUCAAUCAUGAAUGUCCUGCUGGUCUGUCUCAUCUUCUGGCUCAUCUUCAGCAUCAUGGGAGUGAACCUGUUCGCUGGAAAAUUCGGUCGCUGCAUCAACCGCACAGGCUUCAUCUACAACACCUCGCACAUUAACAACAAGACGGAGUGCCUGGCGAUGAACGACACGCAGUACUACUGGACCAAAGUAAAAGUCAACUUCGACAACGUGGGCGCAGGCUACCUUGCACUGCUUCAAGUGGCUACAUUUAAAGGCUGGAUGGAAAUCAUGUACGCAGCAGUGGACUCGAGAGCUGUGGAGGAGCAGCCAAUUAAGGAGAUCAACCUAUAUAUGUACCUGUAUUUUGUUAUUUUCAUCAUCUUUGGGUCAUUCUUCACCCUAAACCUGUUCAUUGGUGUGAUCAUUGACAACUUCAACCAACAGAAACGAAAGUUAGGUGGGCAGGACAUCUUCAUGACUGAAGAACAGAAAAAGUAUUACAAUGCCAUGAAGAAGCUCGGAUCUAAAAAACCUCAGAAGCCUAUUCCUAGGCCUUUGAACUCAGUGCAAGGAUUCUUCUUUGACUUGGUGUCAAAACAAGCCUUCGACAUCAUGAUCAUGCUGCUUAUCCUCCUCAACAUGGUGACCAUGAUGGUGGAGACAGAUGAACAGUCCCCUCGCAUGGAGUCCAUCCUGUACAACAUCAACCUGGCCUUCAUUGUCAUCUUCACCACUGAGUGCAUCAUCAAGCUCAUCGCCCUCCGCUGCUAUUUCUUCACCGUCAGUUGGAACAUCUUUGACUUUGUGGUGGUCAUCCUUUCCAUAGUGGGUAUUGUCCUUGCGGAUAUCAUCGAGAAAUACUUUGUGUCACCCACUCUUUUCCGAGUGAUCCGGCUGGCCAGAAUAGGACGUAUCCUCCGCCUCAUUCGUGGAGCUAAGGGAAUCAGAACGUUACUCUUUGCCUUAAUGAUGUCUUUACCUGCACUAUUCAACAUAGGUCUCCUACUGUUCUUGGUCAUGUUCAUCUAUGCCAUUUUUGGCAUGGCAAACUUUGCCUAUGUGAAGAAACAAGGUGGAAUCGAUGACAUGUUCAACUUCGAGACAUUUGGCAACAGCAUGAUUUGCCUCUUCCAGAUAACGACAUCAGCUGGCUGGGACAGUCUGCUCAGUCCCAUUCUGAACAACUCCCCUGAGGAGUGUGACCCCAACAUCCCACACACUGGCACAAAUGCACGGGGCAACUGUGGGAACCCAUCAGUGGGCAUCACCUUCUUUGUAACUUACAUCAUUAUUUCCUUUCUCAUUGUGGUGAACAUGUACAUUGCCAUUAUCUUGGAGAACUUCAGUGUGGCCACAGAGGAGAGCACCGAGCCACUAAGCGAGGAUGAUUUCGAGAUGUUCUAUGAGGUCUGGGAGAAGUUUGACCCAGAGGCCACGCAGUUCAUCGAGUAUGCCAAGCUUUCGGAUUUUGCUGAUACACUGUCAGAGCCACUGAGGAUCGCCAAGCCCAACAAAAUCAAGCUGAUUUCCAUGGACCUGCCCAUGGUGAGCGGUGACAAGAUUCACUGCUUGGACAUCUUGUUCGCCUUCACCAAGCGAGUGCUGGGCGAGUCAGGGGAAAUGGAUGCUCUUAAGCAGCAGAUGGAGGAGAAGUUCAUGAUGGCGAACCCAUCCAAAAUCUCCUAUGAACCCAUCACCACAACACUACGGCGUAAGCAGGAGGAGGUAUCGGCCGUGGUUAUACAGAGGGCCUUCAGAAGGCAUCUAGUGCGGAGGCAGCUGAAACAAGCCUCGUUUCUGUAUCGCCAGAUCAACUUAGAGGGAGCUGCCAAAGUGGACGAAAGUCCACCAGAGAAGGAAGGACUCAUAGCUUCCAUGAUGAAGGAGAAUUAUGGACCCGAGGCAGAGGACCUGUCCUCCACCUCCUCACCGCCGUCUUACGACAGCGUGACGAGAGCUACUAGUGAAAUUUUCCAAACUCUAAUAGCUGAGCCCAGGAAUAGCGACCUGAGCAAAUCUUAUCCUGAACCUGACAGAGACCGUGAGACAUUUCUGUAACGUUAAGUGAGAAAUGUUCUCAGACUUUAAAUCUUUAAUAUUACUUUUUUUUUCUUUGUUUACAGAAUGUAACAUAGCUCAAACACACAAAACUCAAUCUUGAUACGUGUGUGACAUAUGUGACAUCAAGACUGCAACGUUUUUGUAGGACAAGUUGAUGUUUUUAAUUCUCCUGUGGUUCACGUUUUGUUUGAAUAUACAAGGGGGAAGUGUAAAUCACGUAGACAGCUCACAUCAACUUUGCUUCACAGUUCAUAUGCAUGAGCGAGAUUCUGCAGCAGUCACUGCAGUUAUAUCACAGAUGUAAUAAUAAUAUGUUAGACUGAAAGAAAUACAGUUUAUCAACAUUUACAAAGUAUGCCUGACCGUCUGAGUUCAUUAAAGGUCUUACUUAAAUUGGUGUGAUUUCCUUCUGACAAUAGCUUUUGCGUUAUGUAGAAGAGGCAAGAGUAUGACAAUAGUGGUAUAUAGCCUUGUUAAUGUUAUCAGUCUAUCAUAUUUUUAAAACCAUUUUUGAUACAGCUAAGUAUGAAAAUUACCUCUGUCCAGGUUGUGUCACUAGCGAUGAGAAGGGGAGCAGGAGGAGGAUAGGGGGGAAUGUUUGACAUUUUUUUGAUUUCAGCUUCUUUUUUUAUGUUCCCAUUUAUAUAAACAAGUCUAUCACGCAUAGUCUGGUCUUUUUAUAGGAUGCUGUAAUCAAGACUAGAAGAAAGACAAUCAAACAUGCCUCAGCAACAGUCUCUUGUGAAUAACAUCUGUCUUCAUCGAUGGCAACCAAAAGACUGUAAACGCUUCUUUUCAAACUAUCAAAUGUGCUACAUAUUUACACCUUUAGUAGAGUUAUUUCAAUUGUGAAGUAUUUAUUUUGCAUGUUGAAAUGGCAUCAUUUACAGAUGUAAUGACCACUUUCUUUGUAUGGCUGAAAAAGACUUAUUUUGCACAUACUGAGUUCAGCAAUAAUUUGCUACUUUUUAGGUCAAAUUAGAACAUUGAUUUAGGUGUAUAUUCAAAACUAAAAGCGAGUAAUUUCUACUAUGUCGGCCUCAUCUCUAAGGGAAACCUCUCGCUGUCUCCAUGGCUUAUACUUUAUUACAAAACACCACAGCACAUUUGUUUUGUUUGGUAUCUCAGACUCAUUAAGCGAGUAAACCACUUGAGUAUGUUUUUCAGGUCAGGUGAACAGGUUCGUUGAAGGGCUGUUUUUGUAGCAAUAGACCCCAACUGUGCCUGGUAGAACUUCAGUCCCGUCCCGUCCCCCCAACCACAGCAAAAGACUCUUCACCAUCAAAAGGCACAGUAAACCUGUUUAAUGCUUGAUGAUUAUAUUUGUUAGCAUUUAUAGCAGUGAACUAAAUUUGCUGUCAGCAAGAAUAGUUUAGUCCCUGACUUUUAUUCGCUUUACCAUCAAAUGUGUAGUACAAGCAACCCUCGUGGAAAAAAGGGCAUACAUUUCAAUACCUGAUUUAUACAAAAAAAAAAAAUUAAAAAUACAAUAAAACAUUUACUAAGUGCAUUUAUAUGUUUAUCAUAACAGGAACAUUGUUUGCAAUUCUAAUAAGGACCAAUAGAGCCCUAUAUGUUUAAAAGAUGUUUCAAAAGAAGCAUACAGUACCUGUAUACAGUACUGGGCAAAAGCCAGAGACCACGAUUGAAUUUCCAGUCAAAAUGGUCUUUAAUUUCAAUUUAUUCAUUUUUCAGUUUCUAUUUUUUUUGGUAGUUGUGCUUUCUGGUUUUCAGAAAUCUGCAGGGAUAUUUUUCUACACCUCCAAAGUUCCGCCUAAGAAGUAGUUUGUAUACAAGUUCUGCUACUAAUGAUCCAAGUAAUCCAUGAUCCUAGUGGUCAGUCCACUGUCCCAGCAGUUUUUUAAAUUAUUUUUAUUAUUAUUAUUUGAGUUCCUUUUUGUCAGUAAUGGCUUCUUGACAGCUACACAUCCUUUCAGACUGAGAGCACUGAGUUGUCUUCUCAGAUGAAAACUUUAUAGUGUUUAUCUGAUAGUGACAGUGUAGGUGAUAGUGACACGGUCGUUGCCGUCCAUAGAAAAACAAGCAUCUCCAAAAUGGUCACUUUACAGGAGAAGGUAUAAACUUUCUUUACUUUUAAUGUAAGUUAACGUAAAGGGAUUUUAUUUUUGCAGCAUUUCUACUGGUCCAUUCAUUACGAAAUGUCCACACAACGUAAAGAACAGUUGCUGAAAUGAUGAAGUUUCAUGAAAAAAAAAAAAGGUUUUUUACUUUUGGACAGUGACAACAUGAGGGUUGCUUGCAUUACAUUUGUAGACAAAGACUUUUUUGCCAGAUUUGAAUAAAAUGAACUUCAAUUUACAAAUUUACAAACUCACUAUUUUAAAUCAAUUUCACUCAAGAAACACUUUCACACCCUGGACUGAAUGUCUCUACAAUUUCUAUCCUUUAGAAUAAAUCAGUUUGUGUGGUGGACUUUGUAGUGGGUUAAUGUGAGUACUGCUGUAGGCACUUCCUGUGCUUAGACCUGUACACUACAGCAUACAGCGUUACAUACAAGCAGUCAUAACAACAUUGGUCCACUGUUUGUUUGUUUUUUUUUUUUUUUGUCUUUUGUCUUGAACCUAAAAAAACAAAAACAAUAGCAACUGGAAUUCUUAUGAUGAACUGCCUUUGGUGAAAUUACUUUUGCACAGGAGAGGAGCCAUAUAUACACAGAAAAAGUUGUAUGUUUGCCUGUAAAGUGUGCGCGUCAAUUUGCCUGCAAGUUCACGCGUGUGCAUACGUGUAUACCGUUCUUCAACAUACCAUGCAGUGCUGCUUCUAUGUCAGGGGACGAGACAGAGGCCGUUGCUGUUAGUUGCUUGAUUUAAUAACUGCAGAUGGGUUCUAUGCGGUGGAAGCAGAGCAAAUUUGGUUUGACGUUCAGAAGGGGGGGGGGGGGGGCAAUUGGGUGGAUUUUAAGGCCCCCUUCUUUCGAGUGCUUAGCAUCUCUCUCAACCUGCUUACAAAACCAAAGAGUCUAGUCCAAUUACUUUAGGCAGAGGAGCACAGAAAGUACAAAAUACUGUAUUUGGACAAAGAAAUACACACACAUAAAAAAUAUAUAGUAUAAUGGUACAGCAACAGCUGAGUCAUACAGCACUAAUAGCCCAAACUCACAUGAUGACAAGGACAACUUUAGAAAAUACUCAAAAUCACAAAGCUUAAAUAGUUGGAAUCCCUAGAAAUUCUAUUUACGUCCAUGUACGCACACAAUCUACCUGGCAUUCACAAUAUCCACAGCAGGUUAUAAGAGUGCGUUCACCGAACUCCCUACAGUAUGAAGUCAGACUGAUGGUGGAAAAGUUGGCAUCAAGUUUCUUGCAAGGAAUCUGCUGUAUCUGGAUGUUGACACAAAUUCACAAGCCCCUCAGCACAUGUACAUAGAAUGUACCAAAUGACUCUGUCCACAUUCAAUAUUUUUGCCUUGAAACCCAAAAUACUGAUCAAUAGGGGUUCAUUAUAAUGUGUAUUCUAUCACCCGUGAAUUAAGCACAGGGACACUUUUCUAUCUACUGUAUGUUUUCAAAAGAUAUCCAUUUGUGCAAUACAAGAGCAGAUACAGGAACUAAAAGGCAUAUUUUGUCUAUGCUUUGCAUAUAUAAUGUACAAAUACAUUAUACAGUGUAUUUUAUAAAUGGUAGAAUUUCCUAUAUUUACUUGUUUUGUUUGUUUUUGUUUUUUGUUUUUUAGAUUUUUUUCUAUGAAAAUUCAAUGAGCAAAUUCUAGAUUUAUGCUGCCGGUUAAGGGUGCAAAAAAAAAAAAAAUGUGUGUCUGAUGAAACAUUGAGGAACUGGUCUAGGAUCAGUCUCCUAAGUCUAAAAAUGUUAGCCAUUAGCCAAUAGAGAUGACCAAACAGGGCCAGAGUCAGCAUUUGAAGUUCUAGAGACAUAUUUCUGGAGUGUCCUUGAGGCAAGAGAACGUUGAGGCAUCAGAUAUUUGCCCCUCAAAUCAUUUUGUGCCUGUUUAUUUAUUUACUUAUUUAUUUUUUACACUGUUAGGAUGUUGCAUGCUGCAAUAUGAGAUUUUUUUUAAGCAAGGUUUCACAUUUGUAAAUCUCAAUUGUGUGACCGCCCUUUUGAUUGUUAGUUUGAAAUAAAAAGAAAUGCAAAAUCAGAACAUAUUCAGACAAGGGGGGUUGAGUUGUGGAGGAAAAAAAAAAGACAUCCAAGUUUUUGGAAAAGCACUGUUGCCAAUUAGAACAUGUAUAUCUAUAGUAAAAUAAACAAUAGGACUAAUUUCCUUUGUGA